AUGUGGCUCAGCCUCCAGAUACACGUAGUCCUUGUCCCCGAGGAUUCGUUCGAAUACUUGAAAGAUAAAAGCUUGAGGGACAUCCUGAAUACAACGUUGGGAUUCGAGAAGAUCUUUGUACUCAACCUACCAUUCCGGACGGACCGUCGCGAUGCCAUGGUCCUUUCGGCCGCGAUUUCGAACAUCAAAGUCGACUUCGUAGACGGAGUGACUGGAGAGAGCAUCAAGCAGAGCGCUUACCCACCACCAGAAGAGAACCUCAAGCUUCUUCCAGGCAUUCGAGCCUUCAUACUCGAGGAUGAUGUCGAUUGGGACAUCCGCGUACGCCAGAACCUCCAGCGCUUCGCUCUGGCAUCCCGUGUCUUAUCAUCAAGCCAGAAUGUAAUCACCACAUCCUCAAACCUUCAAAGUCGUGUGGAGUACCGAGCGAAUACUGAGACAGAAGAAUCGGCCUUCCAGAUCAUCGAUACUAAGAACCUUCCGAAAAGACUCCCUUCGAUACCGCUGUCGUCGGUGUAUAAAGAGUCGAAGCUCAGCCAACAGUAUAGCAGUUCAGGCAGUACAUCACCAUAUGGUGACCCAUCGACAUGGGAUAUUCUCUGGAUCGGACACUGCGGUGCUGGCUUCCCUCGGAAUCCCCACGUACAGUCGAAUUCAGCUAAACAUCACACUCCAAUCUCUUCCUCGAACCUCAUCUUGACUCAGCCAAAUGAUCCCACCGUGCCCAUGGGCAGACAUCUCAAAGCCCACCCUUUCCAAGGCGGCCCAGACGCGCUCGCAACCGCCUAUCCACCCCACACGCGCAUCUACCACAGAUCAACCGGCGGCGAACUAUGCACCGUAGGCUACGCCGUAUCCCAGCGCGGCGCCCGGCGUCUCCUGCACCAGUUCGCCGUCAAAGGGUGGAACGGCAUCUUCGACGCUGAAAUGGGGCGCUGGUGCGCGGGCGAGGACCCAGACAUGGGCAAAAACUUCCCCAAGCCUGUACCCGGAGAGGCGAAGAAGGAGAGGGUGUGCAUAACUUCCCAGCCACCCAUCUUUGCGCAUCACCAUCCGAUGCAGGGCGAGAGUGAUAUUGGAGGCUUGGGCGGCGGGUAUGCAAGGAAGUAUGAGACGAAGUAUCUGAGGUAUAGUGUGAGGAUGAAUUUGGAGGAGUUGGUGCAGGGGAAGGGGGAGAGGGAGUUGGUGGAUCAAUGGCCGGAUGAGGAGGAAUGA